AUGACGAUGAGUAGCUUAAAACUAGUUUUGAUAUUUGGUGCGGCCUUAUGUUUGUAUCCUCUCAACGCCCGAGAUACAAACCUGUUUUGGGCUCCAAACAACACCAAUAAUAAUAUAGACGAGCCUAUUAUUAGUGCCGCCAAUACCAAACCAGGAUACGAUUACUUCUUGUUGGCCUUGCAAUUACCUGCCGCUUUCUGCAAACUUCAACAAGCUGAGCAGAGAAAGUGCAAUCCAGAUCCUCCACUUUCCAAACACCAAAACAAGUUCACCAUUCAUGGACUUUGGCCUCAAUUGAAUAAUGCGAAUCCUCCAUUAGAUUGUUCACCAGCGACGACCAUGCAAGAUGCUGAUUUUGAAGCAUUCGAGCAAGAUCUGCUUGAUUACUGGCCGGAUUUGUUUUCUGCUCAAAACUUCCAAAGCAGCAAGGUUUUUUGGAAAAUGGAGUGGAACAAGCACGGAACAUGCUCUUCAAACGAGUUCAACCGACAACAGUAUCUCCGAAUCACUAUUGAUCUUGCCAAAAAAAAUGCUAAAGGCAUCUUUGAUGGACUUAUUAACAGAGGAAUAAUAAAAAAAGAUGGAAGUACUCUACGUGGGAAGGCAGACAUACAAAAAGCUGUUGAGAGUAUCACGGGUCAUAAGAAUCCAAUUGCAAUCAUAGUUCAACGUCUGCUUCUUGAGAUUCGUCUUUGUGUCAACCAGGAUGGGAAGGCACUUUCCGAUUGCAAUUAAACCUCCUUCCAUAUUUGCGGCUACUUAACCUUUGUCAUCUGCAAGUUGGAUGCAGCCAAGUUUUCAUUCAGAAGUCCAUUCACAUGUCUUCUAAUAAUCUUCAUGCUCCAUCUUCUUCAGAAGUCCGCCUUGAGUAGUGUUUGAUUCCAGUAAUAAAGUGUCUAUGAUAUGGAGAUGUAAUGAAUAAAAGAAGCUGGUUAUGAAGGUAGUUACUAUUAGAAGCAUGUAAGGGGUUGUUAUAAAA